AUGACACGUGAUGACCUGUUCACCACCAACGCGUCCGUCGUAGCACAGUUGGCUCACGCCUGUGCAUUGAACUGUCCCAAGGCGAUGAUCUGUGUAGUCACGAAUCCUGUGAAUAGCACUGUCCCCAUUGCAGCUGAGAUAAUGAGGCGCCACGGUGUGUUCGAUCCGCAACGUCUUUUCGGUGUAACUACGUUGGACAUCAUCCGGUCUAACACAUUUAUAGCUGAAGCCAAAGGUCUAGAUGUCCAGAAAGUCUCAUGCCCGGUGAUUGGCGGACAUUCUGGAAUCACCAUAUUGCCUGUGAUCUCCCAAUGCUCCCCGACAGUCUCGUUCCCCCAG